AUGUGUUUGUGUACUCACUCUGGUCAUAGUCAUAUAGACAUUUGGGGAGUGGGAGUGAACGUGUCGAGUUAAGAAGUAGUUGGUUUACAUGAUUAUGUUGUUGGAAACCCCACUCUUAUUGCGAGUUUCCAACAACUAAUUACUAAGCUCCAUUAUACUCUCUUGGUGUGGAUCAAUACUUCCUUGUACAUCGAUGCGGGGCGCAACAAGAUCUUAUUGUGACUGUGGAAUGUGAUUCAAUUUUGUGAUGAUUUCAAAUGCUGUGCUGUCUUUGGAUAUGUAAAGUAAUAAUAAUACUGAAGUCUGGAGGAUUAUUAACCAAGAUUGACAUCCUGUGACCUUAAAAUGGGGGAGAGGUCUCAGGUACCAUGCAUCGUGAUUGAAGACGAUGAUGAUGUUAUUUUAGUGGAAGAUGAGAAUGAAAAACCAUCGUCCUCAACUUACUCUGGAGGAAUGCCACGACCAAAAAAGACUGAUUAUGAGUUGGAAAUGGAUCUACUUCAAACUUUACUGGACACUGGGGAAAGAGUUCCUAUAAAAUACAAAUUAUUUUUUGACAUGGCCAAAAAAUUGAGACCUGCUACAGAACCCAAAAUUAUUUUAGCAGCUUGGAAACGAAUAGUAGGUCAGCAAUCAACAAAAUCAUUGACAAAGGGAACUUUAUUUUAUUGGCCUUGGCCUUCAUUAGAAGAUACAGAUUCACAGGAUUCUGAUUCAAUUAUCAGUGAAGGAACAUAUUAUUCAGGAAGUAUAACAGAGGACACGGAUUCUCAAGACACUUUUUCACCAAUAACGAUAGAUACAGAUAGUAUGUCAGACACUGAAAACACAACUGCUAAAGAAGAAAACGUAGUAUGUGGAAAUGCAGAUCACUUAGAAAUAAUUCAUGUCUCAGACUCUGAAGAAAAAGCAUUGCAUGAAUUGAAUUCAGAAAUAUACAAUAAAGGGCUUUCCGCUAAUAGUUCUGUUGAAUCACAAGCUGGAUGUAACAAAAAAGUGGUACAGCUUAAUCAAAACGAAAAAAUAAAUAAGAGGAAAAGGAAGUCAGGUGCAAGUGAUGGUAAGAGGAAAAGGAAGUCAGAUGCAAGUGGCAGUAAGAAGAAAAGGAAGAUUGAUGCGUAUGACGGGGAUUUGUGUGAACACACAAAACUGUAUUUGAGUACAAACGAAUAUAAAAACUUCUUGUUUGAACAGAAAAAAUUGAUCUAUGCAGAAAAGAAGAAACUAGCUCAUAAACAGAUGGCGAAGUUGCAUGAUAGAAUGGUGGAUUUGUUUAUUCCGAAAUACUUCAAUAAAAAUCUCAUUUUAAACUUAAUACCAUUCAAAAAUUAGCUAUCACAACGUAUAAUGUACUAAGCUGACUGAAAGUAAAUACCAUUUAAAAAUGAAAGCACAGAAAAGUCUUUUUGAAGUAACUUAGAUUAUUCUUCAAUAUAGUUUCCACCAUUAUUGAGGCAUGUAACACAUUGGGUGACUAGCCUAUCUGAACCUUUCAAAUCAAAAAGAAACAUCUCACUAGUGAAUCCAGCCAUAUUCAUACUUUAUUUUGUGUAUUGUCUUUUCUUGAAUCACUCAAUCCUAAGCAUGCGUUUUAUGUACAUGGUCAUUAGGUAGUUGGAGGGUACCAGGUCUGGGGUGGAUGGUGGUUGAACAAACUGUUAAAUUAGGAUUUGAACAUUUUUGUGACAUAUGUAAAAAAUCAAAUGUUUUGUAAAAUCAUCAUGGCAUGAAAUAAUAUAAUGAUUGCAGGUCAUCAAUGUAUUAAUACUGUACAAGAUGAAUCUAAAUUAGUUUAAAAUAAUUUUCACCGCAUUACAAAUUAAGAUACCAAUAUAAAUUACUUUAAUGACUGCUAAACUUAUUUUAUUCAAUCGGAUAUUAAACCAAAAUAUACCUUCUGUAAUAUCAGCUAGUUGCAAUUUUUUAUUCAACAAUUCAUACAAUUCUGAUGAACUACAAUCAUUGUAUCACUGUAUAAGACAGUUUCUCUGUAGCAGCACUACAGUAAAAUGAUACUUACUUUCCAGAUGUGCCUUGUAGUUUGUAAGUUGUAUAAAAUGUUUUUGUACACUUUAAUCAUCAGUAUGGAAAAAGUUUCCAUAAACUGCUACAGUGAAAUCAUGGCAGUCUUUCCGGAUGUGCCUUGUAGUUUGGAAGUUUUAUAAAUAUUUUUAAUAUUAAACUUUAAUCAACAGUGGGUAGAAAGUUUCCAUAAACUGCUAUAAUGACAUCAUGGCACUUACUUUCCAGAUGUGCCUUGCAGUUUUUAAGUUGUAUCAAAGGCUUUUGAUUUGUACACUUAGUGGGGAGAAAGUUUCGAUAAACUGCUACAGUGAAAUCAUGGCACUUAUUUUCCGGAUGUGCUUGUAGUUUGUAAGUUGUAUAAAUGUUUUUUAUAUGUGUAGUUUAAUCAUCAGUGGGGAGAAAGUUUCCUCAAACUGCAAAGUUUUUGUAACUAAUUUUUAUACCUUUUCCUUUCUAGAAUUUGCUAUAUUGUUUGUGGUAACAAUUUUAUAAUUAUCGAUAUUCAUGGUGGUUUAUGUCAUUAUUUAAAAAGCAGUUUUUCAUUUUAAAUGUUUCUGCAAUUAAAUAUACAGUUACGCAUUAGUUAACAGUAAAAUGUUUGAUGUUUUUACAUCUCCAACGAAGGUGGUAAAUAUGUUUCGGAGUAGUAAAACAAUUUACCCCUACAUGUUACCCAAGACUAGUCUUAGAAAAAUAAGAUUUAAGGACUCUAUAUGUUUCCAACAGCAAACUGUUGAAGUUUUAAGUAAAACUAUUAACUUUUGAGUUCUCGAACCAUAUGGAUUUACAAAUUGUUUUAUUUUGUAUAUAAAUAUACACAAGAUGUUCUAUUUAAUUUUAAUCUGUUUUAAAAAUAUAGCCCAAUUGAUUGGCAUUCAGUUAUUUUCCCUCAGCUCAUAUACAAUACUUUAAAAUUUUUUAAAAAAUGUAGCAAAGUAAUUUAAAUCAAUGUAAAUGUUAGUUAAUAAUUUCUUUCACUUAUAAUGAGAAUAGUUUGUUACAGUAUUAACUUUUUGGAAAAACAAUUUAGACAUUUUGAAAAAUAUUUGUUGAAGGCCAACAGUUUUAAAAAUAGUUGGAUUUUGCAUUGCAUUAAAAUUGAUUGGAUUAAUAAAAUCAUUUUAAUAAAUAUAAAAAUGUAACAUAAUUAGAAACUAUUAGUGAAAAGAAAAAGCUUAUUCGUAAUGGUUAAGUGAGGAAAUAUGUUUUGGUUUCAAAUGUAUGUAAAUCAAAUGAAAUGGUAGGAUUUAUGUACCAAUUGUUCAGAAUUAUGUAAUACAAAGACUUAAUGAAAAUUAACAUUUAUAUACUAUUCUGUCUUAAAAAAUCAUAAAAUAUAAAAAUGCUCAAUCUUGUCUAUUUUACAAAAUGAGCAACAUUUUAUUUUCAUUUUGUAAAGGCAUACUGAAAUAAGUAAUUAGUUUUGAACCUUAAAAUAUUUUAUUUGUUUUAAGGCGUCUUGAACAUGCAUUUUUAAGUGCUUUUAACUGUAAAGCAAUUUAUUAGUUGGAUUUUAGAAUGGUUUUGAAUUAUUUUACCUGACCAUGCUCAACAAGUCACAUAAAUACCUGGCAUUGGAAGUAAUAUAGGUAUUUUUAUAAAAUUACAAAUCUUUUGGAACUUUGUGUAAUUAAAUGUUAAUGAUUUUUAAAA